AUGCUGGCAGUGGGCCCUGACCGGAAGCAGCCUGCCCUGACGUCAGGCCCGGGCCGGAAGAAGGACCGUGGGCACAGGAGCUGCUGGGAAGGGGCCUUGGGCAGGCCGCUGCCGUGGCGCAGGACUAUAAGGUCAGCUCCGGAGACCCCUCGGUCGGAAGACAGAAGACAGGGCAGCAUGAAUUGGGUCGGGGGCUCCCGGACCAGAGUUUUAAUCAAGCAGGAAAGAAGAAAACAAAAGGAAUAUUUUGAAAAGAACAGGUUAAAAUCAAAAAUGAAGUUACUGGGAGUUUCAUCGCCUGUCAAAAAUGCUGUCAGUUUAGACCUGCUCAAUCUGUACAUGGUAAAUCAGAUAUCGUGCAAGAACAAAGCCCCUGAAACUGUGAAGAAACCAACCCAUGUGAAUAUGAAUAGGGACAUAAAAAUGCCCCUAGUAAGACUUGAUUUAGAACUUCCUGUGUCACCUCCCUGCGUGCCUUCUGCACUCUGCCUCGAUGACACAGAGGACAAUGUGCACUGUCAGGGACCAGGGAAGAAGGAAGAAGCUGAUCCAGUUCAGUUGUCACAAAUCAUAGGGUCAUAUGGCAAAAGGGUGUUUGAACCACAGUUCAACAGAGUAGCAAACCGCAGCUUCCUGCCGCAGUCCUCAGCAGAAUUACCUUCUGGUAUGCAUAUUCCAAAGCAAAACUUCACUCUUGGAACAGCACCGAGUCCUUGGAAAGCUGGUUAUGAAGAAAAGCAGACGGAGCAGCUCAGUAAUAUUGACUGUUCUGAUUCCUAGCUUUUCAAACUAACUGGAAGUCAAGGUGUCCUUACACCAUCUUACAAAGCAGUGAAAUUUGGGAAACUGUUUGAAAGAGUAAACAGUCCAGGAAAUGGAAAUCUUCUCACUAGAAGACCAGCUGUAAUUACGGGUGAAGAACGUGGUAGCAUGAAUGAAGGAAGACCAUCACAAUUAACUGUUGAGGAGCAGUCAGUGCAAUGUGUUUGGGGGCAGAAUGGAAAAGAGCUUUCACCUUUUCUUAAAGAGAAGAACAAGUCAGCCCCCAUUCUGCUAUCAGAAAAUUACCACUCUUUGGUUAAACGUAAUAUGAUGAGUUUAUUAAGCAUGGACCCACAAAGCAUGAGUGAAACCGUUGACAAGUGUGGCUACAAUAGUAUGGGAGAUUUUUGUGGUGUUGCCAGUUCUGAUCAGAAUCGCUCCACUGGUAGAUACACUGGAAGCAUUUUUCCAGUCCCAGAUUUGGCUUUGAAUAAUUCUGUUUUUAAUGAAACAAGAUUCCCAGCAAAAUGUCCGGCAGGUGAAUGCUGCUGGAAGCAUAAUGACAGCGGUGGACAGAAGGCUUUUCGUGUGUCUCUGGGGAAGGAUUGCUCCUCAGCCAGCUCUCAAAGACAGGGAAAGAUUCGAAAUGAUUGCCAAGAGAAGAUGCCACAGAAGAAUAUGCAGAGAAGUGCAGAGAAUUCUGUGUGUAAGACCCUUUUGCAAGAAUGGCCUUUGGAGCAGCCUGGGGACUUCCAGCAUGAUCAGAUAUUAUGUAGUCUUGAUAAUUGUUCAAAUUUUGAUUUUUUUUUUUUCCAGAUUCUGGUAGAAGAAAGAGCAGUAUGUGCUUUACAAGAUCUCGAUUCUUCAAGUCAGUCUGCCAGUUACUCUCCAGGGCCCACGGACAGUUGUUUCACUUCUAGUCCAGAGAUGCUGUCUGAAGAGGAGGACCAGGUGUUACAGCACACUGAAGACUCAAGCACAAUACCCACCAAAGCCAAGGAAGCCCUCAGCAGGUGUGGUGUGGAAGGAGGGGUGCAGCUCCCAGGAGACAAGGCUGCCGAAAACAACGCCCACAUUCAACAGUUCCCAGUGAAAAAUACGGAGCCUCCUCGGUCUCAGUGCCAUUCAACACCUUUAUUGCAAAGCAAGUCCCACAGUAGCUGCGCGCUGCAGAGUGCAGGGUGCGAUGCAGGAGUGCAGACAGAGAGUGCACCUGUGGUGGAAGCAAAGGCAGAUGCUGCCGUGCAGUGUGAAAUCCUCCCAAAGUGUCCCUGUGGACAUGAUGUGUUGUCUCUUCCUAGUGACGAAGGGCGCAGUGAAAACCGGCAGGAGGAGCCACUGGAGGGCAGCACAUCCUAA